AUGAAGCAGCUUAUAAACAAGAAUCUCAUUACACUGAAGUGUGUACUCUUCUGUUUCCUUUCAGGUAUAGGAUGCAUUUUCCCAUUUUUGCCCCUUCAUAUGUUGGCCAUUGGACUGGACAGAGGAGAAGCCCGACUGAUUUCAGUAGUUGCACCUUGCAUAGCGCUAUUGGGCCCUGCGAUACUUGGACCCCUAAUUGAUAAGUUAUCAGUAGGACGAGGUUCGACUGGCGGAGGGGCUGGCCCCAGUGGUUCAGGAAAACUCUUACGAGUAAUCACGGCUAUCUGUCUGAUACUAAGCGCAUUGUUUUAUACGUUGUUGCUUGCUGUACCUUACACGGAGCGACAUGAGGCGCGACGACCACAGGUUUUGUUUAUGUGUGAUGCAGAUGGCGGCUAUGUUAUGCAAGAAGUAUGUACUGAAGGCAUGCGAUGUAAUCGAUGGGACGGUGAAAAGUCAGGAGUGCUAGCGGUGAGCGCGUGCGAGUACGGGUGCGCGGACGAGAACAUGACGUGGGUGACGCGCCCCUUCACCACCACGUCCACCUCCACCACGCUCAGCCCCAUGUACAACAGCGUCGCUAACGCCACUUCAACAGUACCUCCGGAGACUGACGACGGUGACGAUGAAGAGACGUUUGAAAUAAAGCCGCCUCACUUGUGCUACAAUGGGAACUGCUUGGUGUACAUGCAACACGCGGCUCGCCUUCGAGUGCCGCUGUCGUUGAUUGCGCCUCAACCACCUGAAGAUAACUCUACCGUAGAGAAUAAUUGGUGUACAUAUCGCACGGGCGGUGCAUCAAAAUGUGUAGUGCCUCCCGAGCGCCUGGCGGGCCUGGUGGCGGAGGGCGAGGCGUGCCGCGCGGCCGUGCGCUGCCAGGUGCUGGACCCCUACGACGAGCCCGGCGGCGUGCUGGCCGACGCCGAGUGCCGGCUGGUGCUGGGCGACCCGGGAUAUACGUUCUGGACCUAUUUUGUUAUAAGGGUGUUAGCUGAUAUUUGGCCAACUGCUGGCUUGGCGCUACUUGGGGCGGCCUGUGUCAUAGCCACCAGGGAGACUUCACUUGGCCGAGGCGACGUUGGCAGGCAAAUGGCAUUUGGCACGCUGGGGCUGGCAAUAUUUCCUCCAUUGGCAGGAUUGGCAUCCUCUCAAAUGCCAGACACCCCGUAUUUGGUGCCAUUCCUCAUGCACGCCAUCUUUAUGAUCAUUGGUGCUAUUAUACUUCUUGUAGACACCCACAUGCCGCUGUCGACGCCGGAGUGGUGGUGGCACACGUCCACCGGCGUGCUGGCGAUGCCCAUGAACACGGUGCGGCGCUACGGCGCGGAGACCGCCGCCGUGUUCGCCGUGGUCGUGCUGCUCGGCACUAUGUGGAGUGGGAUAGACACUUAUUUGCCCUGGACUGUGGUAGAGCUGAACGGCACGUGGGUGGAGGUGGGGCUGACGCGCUCGCUGGGCGCGCUGCCCGCCGCGCCCGCGCUGUGGUGGGCGGAGGCGCUCGUCGACUACAUCGGACACUCCAAUGUCUUUAUCACUGCCUUUACCUUCUACUGCUUGCGGUACACUGGUCUAGCGUCCAGCUCGUCGUACGCGGGGGUGGCGGCGUGCCAGCUGCUGGAGGUGUUCACGCUGGGCCUGGCGUGGCUCACCGCCGUGCUGUACUUCCGCCACCUCGUGCCGCGCCGCUACACCGCCAGCGGGCAGGCGCUGCCCGUCGUCGCGCACUUCUGCAUUGGUCGUUGCAUCGGCGCGGCGGCGGGCGGGCUGGCGGCGCUGGAGGCGCCGCUGGCGGCGCAGCGCGGCGCGUGGCGCGCGCUGGGCGUGGCCGCGCUGCUGGCCGCCGCCGCCUACCUCGCGCUCUACCACCUCGUGCUGGCGCCGCGCUGCGCCGCGCCCGCGCAGCCGCCGCCGCACCACCUGCUGCAAGGGCUGAACGCGAACGGCGGCUCCAACGGCAACUACUCGCCCAUGCGCGUGUACCACGAGGAGCGCUCGAGGAAGGGACACUUCCGUUAU